GAUUUCCCCUUCUAAUCCAAAGAAUUAAAAGUUAAAACCAGUUAGUAUUAAUUAACCAACUUGUAUCUACCAAAGUAUACCCAAAAAUUGAAAGCACCACUUUCCUCUUAUUUUCGAUACACAAUACACAGACAAAAAUUUUCUCUCAUUCAUUCUUCUUCUUCUAAAUCUCCAACCAUGGUGCUCGAGGCAACAAUGAUCUGUAUCGACAAUUCCGAAUGGAUGCGUAACGGAGAUUAUUCUCCUUCUCGAUUUCAAGCUCAAGCUGACGCUGUUAAUCUCAUUUGCGGUGCUAAGACCCAGUCUAAUCCGGAAAAUACAGUGGGAGUUCUUAUAAUGGCAGGGAAGGGUGUUCGUGUUUUGGUCACCCCUACCAGUGAUCUAGGCAAGAUCUUAGCUUGCAUGCAUGGACUAGAAGUAGGUGGCGAGAUGAACCUAGCUGCUGGUAUUCAGGUUGCACAAUUGGCUUUAAAGCAUCGUCAAAAUAAAAAGCAACAGCAAAGGAUUAUUGUCUUCGCUGGAAGUCCCGUCAAGCAUGAAAAGAAAAUGUUGGAGAUGAUAGGGAGAAAGUUGAAAAAGAAUAGCGUAGCACUUGAUAUUGUUAAUUUUGGUGAAGACGACGAGGAGAAGACAGAGAAGCUGGAAUCACUCCUUGCAGCUGUGAACAAUAAUGAUACAAGCCAUAUUGUUCAUGUUCCAGCUGGUCCAAAUGCUCUUUCUGAUGUACUUAUAAGUACACCAAUUUUUACUGGUGAUGGGGAAGGUGGAAGUGGCUUUGCUGCUGCUGCUGCAGCAGCUGCAGCUGGAGGUGUAUCUGGAUAUGAUUUUGGUGUGGAUCCAAACUUAGAUCCUGAAUUGGCUCUUGCCUUAAGAGUUUCGAUGGAAGAAGAAAGAGCCAGGCAGGAAGCAGCAGCAAAAAAGGCUGCAGAAGAUACUUCCAAACAAGGAGGUGAGCAGCAAGCCGGCUCACAAGAAGCCAGCUCACAAGAUGCGACAAUGACCGAGCGUGCCAGUGCAUCAACUUCUGAAGCAGAGAAUAAGACAACUGAUUUGAUGGAUGAUGAGAAUGCCCUACUGCAGCAGGCUCUUGCAAUGUCAAUGGAUGAACCUGCGGUUGGUCACGAUGUAAAAGAUACAGAUAUGUCAGAAGCAUCUGUUGAUGACCCUGAGCUGGCACUAGCUCUCCAAUUGUCCGUAGCGGAUAGUACAAAGGAUCAAGCAAGCCAGUCAGAGGUGUUAGCAGAUCAAUCCGCUGUAUCUGAUAUUCUCGCGUCGCUUCCUGGGGUCGACCUAAAUGACCCUUCCAUCAAAGAUUUGCUGGCAUCCAUGCAAAAUAAGUCUGAGCCGCAGAAGAAGAAUGACGACAAGUCAUCAAACGAGGAGAAGAAAUAAGCAGUUUAGUUUAGAUGGCUAUUCCUAUCGAGCUCCUAUUUUCAUGUAAUGUAAUCAAUCAUGGUCUCUCCAUGUCUGUUCGGAACUAGUGAUGCCAAUCGAUUGAGUCUUGGACUUUUAGCUUAAAAAUGCUCUUGAUUGUUAUACCAUACUGCUUGUCAAGAUAUAAUGCUUAUCAUAACGAGGGGUUUAAAGGACUUGGUUAUUUAAAUGUAGAAAAAAUGUAACUUGCAUGCUGGAGUCCAUAGUGCUCUUUCAUUUGAUUUUUUUCGAUUUUA